AAUCCCAUGCUUACAUACAGUGGUAUGCAUUUUUCACUCCUUUUUACAUUAAAAUAAAACCUCCGUCAAUUUGUAUAUAUUUUUACACCAAUUCAGUGUACACAAACGCCACAUAUUAUGUGUGAUAUUACAGGUAAUAAAAAUAACAGUGAUUCCAACAAGUGAUAUACCGAGUGUAUUUGUCUAAAAAUUUAAUCAUCGCAGUGAUAACCAUAGUAAAGUUUUAAAAAAACAACAAUGAUACGAAAAGGAAAAAUAAAUCACUACAAAUAUUUUGAGUAAUAAAUCAAAUUUAAUAACGAAGAACAAUGGCAAGCAAGACUGAAGACUCUGUUUCUGUGGACAAUGCUCCUGAUGGUAGCGUCGAUAAAGAAAUAUUAUCAUUAAGUGGAUCAAACAACUCCAAUCACCGUGUACCUCCUUAUAUAUACAAUGGAGGAUCUGAACAAGUGCGUGAAAAUUUGGAGCACGACAAUCUUAAUCAUUUUCGUCCAACUUCAGAAGACCAAUUAGGACCAUUGCCACAUAAUUGGGAGAAAGCUUACACCGAAACAGGAGAAGUUUAUUUUAUUGAUCACAACACAGGUACGUCUCACUGGUUAGACCCACGUCUCUCAAAAUUCCAAAAGCGUUCAUUGGAAGAGUGCCUUGACGACGAGUUACCUUACGGAUGGGAAAAAAUCGACGACCAGUUAUAUGGAACAUAUUUUAUCGACCAUGUAAAUCGACGAACACAGUAUGAAAAUCCAGUUUUGCAAGCGAAGCGUGCUCAGCAGAUUUUAACAGAGCGUAAAAGUCCAAAUUUUACUCGAAACCCAAAGAAAUUAAAAGGCCAGAGGAUCCAAACCACACUUAUCAAAAGCUCCCGUGGUCUGGGAUUUACAAUCGUCGGGGGUGAUGACACAGUUGAGGAAUUUCUACAGAUAAAAAGUGUCGUGCCUAAUGGUCCAGCAUGGCUCGACGGAAAAUUACAAACAGGCGAUGUUUUAGUUUACGUAAAUAACACCUGCGUUCUGGGAUUCACCCACAAUGAAAUGGUGAACGUCUUCAAGUCAAUAGCAAGCAGUGAGACGGUGACCUUGGAAGUAUGUCGCGGCUAUCCAUUGCCAUUUGAUCCGAAUGAUCCCAAUACCGAAGUAGUUACAACGAUAGCCGUGAACGCUCCAGACAUGAUGCCGGACGAUCCGAGUAUCUAUUUGGAGCUAGAUCCAAAUAUGCAGAAUGACAACCGAUUUGGCUUUCUCGACUCUUCGUUCUUGCCCGUACAUGGUCUCCAAAAUGGCGAGAACUUAGCUACCGCUUCCGUUAACUCAAUGCCAGAUCUCUGUAUCUCCGAUAAAAUAAAUACUAUCAAACGACCAAACAGUACUGAUAUAUUACUGUCCGAUUCUACGGACUACAACGACCGGAAAGAAUCACCACCACCUUCCAAGUCUGAGUUUCUGAGUAUCCCUGUGAUUAAAGGUCCCCAGGGUUUCGGAUUCACGAUUGCUGAUUCAUCUCACGGGCAGAAAGUUAAAAAAAUCUUGGACAGAAAUCGGUGCAAAAAUCUUCUUGAGGGAGACAUACUCGUUAAUAUCAAUGACGUUAAAGUCAGGAAUAUGUGUCACACGGAAGUUGUACAAGUAUUGAAAGAAUGCCCACGGAAUCAAGAAGCUCUGAUCCAAGUUCAGCGUGGUAAAUCAAACGAUAAGAAGGAUAAAAUAAACCAAGGCUUUUUCCGUAGUAAAACACCCACUGCGGAUAUUUAUAGCACGCAAGCCAAAACAGUGGUGCCGAGUCGUCCGAAAACGCCGCUAAUAGACACGAGAAAUCGCACCAAGUCUCCAGUUGUCGAUGUGAAUAGACCCGAGUGGCGGACUAAUACUGCUGAUAUUAAUUCAAUGGAUGAUAGAUGCAAGUACACUGAGUAUAAUCAUGAUGUGUACUAUACUGAUCCAUAUAAAGAUAAUAUGGUAGGUAAUUUAGCAGAUAAUUUUGGUCAGAUGGUAAACAUGGACGACGAACCGAUGAGACACAUCAAACGUGACUGGCGGGUUAAUGAUAAGAUGAGCUUACCAAAUGAAAUGUAUAAUAUGGAGUCAUCUCUUCAUAGUCCGACAAUGAAACAAAAUGGAAACAUUCAUCAGGAUUAUUACAAAGAUAUUUAUGGCGCGCGAAUGCAUCCUCAAUAUGUCGUUCAGGAUUAUAAUAAUUAUAGUAUCGGGCAGGAACAAAAUGUGGACACUGGUGAGAUUUGGGACAAGCGAAAGGAAACGACGAGCUUUGAACAUGAGCAACCACGCUCUAGCUCGGUAGCUAGGUAUCAUCCGCAAUAUGGCAAUGAAAUGGUUUGCCCGACGAUACCUGAUGUUGAGUGGAUUGAAACUUUGGUGACGCUGGUAAGACAGGACUCGGGAUUUGGAUUCAGGAUAGUCGGUGGUACGGAAGAACAUUCUCAAGUAUCUGUGGGACACAUUGUACCUGGUGGAGUUGCUGAUAUUGACAAUAGGCUCAAUACUGGAGACUUGAUAAUGUCAGUCGAUGGCGAGAGUGUAAUGAACUCCAGUCAUGCUCAUGUAGUACAGUUGAUGAUCGCUGCUGCGAGAAAUGGUAGAGUUACUUUGGGGAUUAGGCGACGGAUUAAUGCUCAAGAUUUGCAGCCGUCGUAUGGUCGGCCGAUGAAUUUGCAGUAUCCGUAUGAUGUUGCUGUUACGAGGAUGGAAAAUGAAGGGUUUGGAUUUGUUAUUAUUUCUUCGGUUAAUAAGGCUGGUUCGACUAUUGGGAGGAUUAUUGAGGGAUCUCCUGCCGAACGAUGCGGUAGGCUUGAAGUUGGGGACCAUAUUCUUGCCGUUAAUCAUGUUGAUAUUACUAAUCUUUGUCAUAAGGAUAUUGUUAAUUUAAUUAAGGACUCAGGGUACUCUGUUACGUUGACUAUUGGAUAUCCUAUUGAUGAUUGUUGUAGUACUACAUCAAUGUCGCAAAAGGAUGAAUCUACUGGAGAUGGUGAUGGACAAUAUCAUGCAGUUGAAUUAACUCGAGGAACACGUGGCUUUGGAUUUAGCAUACGAGGAGGACGUGAGUUUCAGAAUAUGCCUCUAUUCGUACUCCAGAUUGCAGAUAAUGGUCCAGCAGCUAUUGAUAAUCGAUUAAGAGUUGGAGAUCAAAUAAUUGAAAUAAAUGGAAUUAAUACGAAGAACAUGACGCAUGCGGAAGCUAUUGAAAUAAUUCGCAAUGGUGGUCCGUCAGUAAGACUUUUAGUACGUCGUGGGUGUCAAAUGCCCAGUGCGGUAGGUGCUCCACCUCACCUCUAUGACAUGAAUAUUUAAUUAAUUGAAUAUUAUUAAUUAUUAAUUUAAUAACAAAUUAACGGAUGUUUAUUAAUAUUAAUUGAAAAUAAGAGAUAAUAUUAACAGCAUCAUUUAUGUGUUAAGACUAACGCUAAAGAUUAGUUUGAGGUAAAUUAAUUUAUGAGCUUUAGUAUCUAACAGCAAUUAUAAUAAUUAUUAAAAAUUUAUAUCGGAGUGAUAAUCCGAUAAAACAAUCAAUUGAUAUAUCGAUGGACGCAUAGAUUUUUUUAACUAUUUUUUUUUAUAUAGAAUUUUGAUUAUUGAAAAAUAUUUUUUAUGAAAAAAAAGACUUGACAAAUUUAAAGUUUUUGACAAUUGUUUGAUGCAAUUGGUGCUAGUGUAUUAUUUUUUUUUUUAAUGAUGAAGAAUUGAUAGCUGAAAUCUGCCUUAACAAAUGUGUGAUUAAAAGAUAUAACUUUUAUUUUUGUUUUGUUUAUAAUUAUAAUUAUAAAACUAACAAGUGUUUAAUAUUUUUUCUUAAAAAUUAAAAAAAAAAAAAAGUUUUAUAUCUUGUGAUUUAUUGAUGUCAUCUGUUUAACUCACGAGUGCUGAUCGUUUGAGUAAAAUGAAUUUAGCAAAUUGUAUUUAUUUAACGAAUUCAUUAUAGAAUAGUGUUACAUUUGAUGAAAUAAGCAAUCAAGUUAUUGACGAUGAUGGCACCUUAAGAAAUUCCGAGAUAAUUAAUCAUACAAAGCGUACGAAAAAACGAAAGUUCUUCAUUCCACUCUGCUGCUGUUCCUCGAGAAAAUGGCAAUGAUCUGAGUACAUGGAAAAAAGUUAACUGUAAUAAAUAAUAGUCGAUUUAUAAUAAGUAGUGAUCAACUGGAAAAAAUUACCAGGUUCAAACAGU